CGGCCGCCGCCUCCGCGCCGCCUGCGUUCCCGAACCAGCGGGCCUGGCAGGCGCUUCCUGGGGGCGUCCCUACCGGCUCCAGCCCUCGGGGUUCGGGAGCGCCCGGCUGGGAAGCCAGAGCCCUACAGGGGACCGGAGCGUCCUGGCCGCCUAACGCGCGCCCCUAGCCCCGCGCCCCGAAGCGGCCCCGAAGCGGCCCCGAGGGGCGGGAGCCGAACCCAGAAGCGAGGCCGGGCCGGGGGCGCAGGGCGCUCCCAUAAAUGCGGGCUUCCCCCACCCCCGCCAGCGACCCCACCUCCCGCCCCCGCUGCGUGCGCGCGUGUGUCCGUCUGUCUGUAUGCUCUCUCGACGUCAGUGGGAAUUUCCAGCCAGGAAGUGAGAGAGUGAGCGACAGAGAAAGAGAGAGAAGUGCACCAGCGAGCCGGGGCAGGAAGAGGAGGUUUCGCCACCGGAGCGGCCCGGCGACGCGCUGACAGCUUCCCCUGCCCUUCCCGUCGGUCGGGCCGCCAGCCGCCGCCGCCCUCGGCCUGCACGCCGCCGCCAGCCCCGCUCCCGGAGCCCAGCGCCGCCGAGGCCGCAGCCGCCCGGCCAGGAAGGCGGCGCCGCCGCCCGGCCACAGCGCGCCCUGCGCUUCCCUCCGCCCGCGCUGCGGACAUGGCGCGGCGCUGACCGGCCCAGCCUGGCCCCGCUGCGCUCUCGCUCGCCCCUACCCGCACCCGGGCCCGCUCGGGCUCCGGCCGGCCGCCGCCUCUUCCUUCUCCGGCUCGUAGGCCCGCGCCUCCCAGGAGGGAGAGCCCACCCGCGACAGGAGGCCGAACGCUGACUCGCCACCCGGUUUCAGAAUGGCAGAAGAUGAUCCAUAUUUGGGAAGGCCUGAACAAAUGUUUCAUUUGGAUCCUUCUUUGACUCAUACAAUAUUUAAUCCAGAAGUAUUUCAACCACAGAUGCAACUGCCAGCAGCAGAUGGCCCAUACCUUCAAAUAUUAGAGCAACCUAAACAGAGAGGAUUUCGUUUCCGUUAUGUAUGUGAAGGCCCAUCCCAUGGUGGACUACCUGGUGCCUCUAGCGAAAAGAACAAGAAGUCUUACCCUCAGGUCAAAAUCUGCAACUAUGUGGGACCCGCAAAAGUUAUUGUUCAGUUGGUCACAAAUGGAAAAAAUAUCCACCUGCAUGCCCACAGCCUGGUGGGAAAACACUGUGAGGAUGGAAUCUGCACUGUAACUGCUGGACCCAAGGACAUGGUGGUCGGCUUCGCAAACUUGGGUAUACUUCACGUGACAAAGAAAAAAGUAUUUGAAACACUGGAAGCGCGAAUGACAGAGGCGUGUAUAAGGGGCUACAAUCCUGGACUCUUGGUGCACCCUGACCUUGCGUAUUUGCAAGCAGAAGGUGGAGGAGACCGGCAGCUGGGAGAUCGGGAAAAAGACCUAAUCCGCCAGGCAGCUCUGCAGCAGACCAAGGAGAUGGACCUUAGCGUGGUGCGGCUCAUGUUUACAGCUUUUCUUCCGGAUAGCACUGGCAGCUUCACAAGGCGCCUGGAACCCGUGAUAUCAGAUGCCAUCUAUGACAGUAAAGCCCCCAAUGCAUCCAACUUGAAAAUUGUAAGAAUGGACAGGACAGCUGGAUGUGUGACUGGAGGAGAGGAAAUUUAUCUUCUCUGUGACAAAGUUCAGAAAGAUGACAUCCAGAUUCGAUUUUAUGAAGAAGAGGAAAAUGGUGGAGUCUGGGAAGGAUUUGGAGAUUUUUCCCCCACAGAUGUUCAUAGACAAUUUGCCAUCGUCUUCAAAACCCCAAAGUAUAAAGAUGUUAAUAUUACAAAACCAGCUUCUGUGUUCGUCCAGCUUCGGAGGAAAUCUGACUUGGAAACUAGUGAACCAAAGCCUUUCCUUUACUAUCCUGAAAUAAAAGAUAAAGAAGAAGUGCAGAGGAAACGACAAAAGCUCAUGCCCAAUUUUUCGGAUAGUUUCGGCGGUGGUAGUGGUGCCGGAGCUGGAGGCGGAGGCAUGUUUGGUAGUGGCGGUGGAGGAGGGGGCACUGGAAGUACAGGUCCAGGGUAUAGCUUCCCACACUAUGGAUUUCCUACUUAUGGAGGGAUUACCUUCCAUCCUGGAACUACUAAAUCUAAUGCUGGGAUGAAACAUGGAACCAUGGACAGUGAAUCUAAAAAGGACCCUGAAGGUUGUGACAAAAGUGAUGACAGAGACACUGUAAACCUCUUUGGAAAAGUCACUGAAACCACAGAGCAGGAUCAGGAGCCCGGCAAGGCCACCGAUGGGAAUGGUGAGGUCACUCUAACAUAUACAACAGGAACCAAAGAAGAGAGUGCUGGGGUUCAGGAUAACCUCUUUCUAGAGAAGGCUAUGCAGCUUGCGAAGAGACAUGCCAAUGCACUUUUCGACUAUGCAGUGACAGGAGAUGUGAAGAUGUUGCUGGCCGUCCAGCGCCAUCUCACUGCUGUGCAGGAUGAGAAUGGGGACAGUGUCUUACACCUAGCAAUCAUCCACCUUCAUUCUCAGCUUGUGAGGGAUCUACUAGAAGUCACAUCUGGUUUGAUUUCUGAUGACAUUAUCAACAUGAGAAAUGACCUGUACCAGACACCCUUGCACUUGGCAGUGAUCACUAAGCAGGAAGAUGUGGUGGAGGAUUUGCUGAGGGCCGGGGCUGACCUGAGCCUUCUGGACCGCUUCGGUAACUCUGUUUUGCACCUAGCUGCCAAAGAAGGAAAUGAUAAAGUUCUCAGUAUCUUACUCAAGCACAAAAAGGCAGCACUACUUCUUGACCACCCCAAUGGGGACGGUCUGAAUGCCAUUCAUCUAGCCAUGAUGAGCAAUAGCCUGCCAUGUCUGCUGCUGCUGGUGGCCGCUGGGGCCAACGUCAAUGCUCAGGAGCAAAAGUCCGGACGCACAGCGCUGCACCUGGCUGUGGAGCACGAUAAUAUCUCAUUGGCAGGCUGCCUGCUCCUGGAGGGUGAUGCCCAUGUGGACAGUACUACCUACGAUGGAACUACACCCCUGCAUAUAGCAGCUGGGAGAGGGUCCACCAGGCUGGCCGCUCUUCUCAAAGCAGCAGGAGCAGAUCCCCUGGUGGAGAACUUUGAGCCUCUCUAUGACCUGGAUGACUCUUGGGAAAAUGCAGGAGAGGAUGAAGGAGUUGUACCUGGAACCACACCUCUAGAUAUGGCCACCAGCUGGCAGGUAUUUGACAUAUUAAAUGGGAAACCCUAUGAGCCAGAGUUUACAUCUGAUGAUUUACUAGCACAAGGAGACAUGAAACAGCUGGCUGAAGAUGUGAAGCUGCAGCUCUAUAAGUUGCUAGAAAUUCCUGAUCCAGACAAAAACUGGGCUACUCUGGCACAGAAAUUAGGUCUGGGGAUACUUAAUAAUGCCUUCCGGCUGAGUCCUGCUCCUUCCAAAACACUUAUGGACAACUAUGAGGUCUCUGGGGGGACGGUCAGAGAGCUGGUGGAGGCCCUGAGACAAAUGGGCUACACCGAAGCAAUUGAAGUGAUCCAGGCGGCCUCCAGCCCAGUGAAGACCACCUCGCAGGCCCACUCGCUGCCUCUCUCACCUGCAUCCACAAGACAGCAAAUAGAUGAGCUCCGAGACAGCGACAGUGUCUGCGACAGCGGCGUAGAGACAUCCUUCCACAGGCUCAGCUUUACCGAGUCUCUGACCAGUGGUGGCUCACUGCUAACUCUCAACAAAAUGCCCCAGGAUUAUGGGCAGGAAGGACCUCUAGAAGGCAAAAUUUAGCCUGCUGACAAUUUCCCACACCAUGUAAACCAAAGCCCUGAAAUUCCACUGCAUUGUCCACAAGAAGAAAGCUGAAGCGCAUCCAAAGGUGCUCAGAGAGCUGGCCUGCCAGAAUCAUUCUCGAUUUAAUGCAAGGCCUUUUCAACUUGGCUUCCUUUCUUGGUUCAUAAAUGAAUUUUAGUUUGGUUCACUUACAGAUAGUGUCUAGCAAUCAUAGCACUGGCUGAGCGGAUGCAUCUGGGGAUGAGGCUGCUUACUGAGCUUUGCCGGCCGCUGCUGGAUCACAGCUGCUUUCUGUUGUCAUUGUUGUUGCCCCUCUGCUACGUUCCUGUUGUCAUUAAAGUAUCACUGUCCCCACCUGGCAUUCCUUCUGACCAUCCACAGCAUCCUUUUGCAUUCAAAUUAAGCGUUAAGAAAAGGGAUAUUUUAAAAUGAAAGUCACUUGUUGUGCAAUUUAAAGAAAGGUGUGUUACUUUUUCUAAUGUGGUUCUCUGAUUU